AUGCCAUCAGAACCGUCAAUCAAGCGGGAGUGGUGGAAGGAAGCAUCUGUCUAUCAGAUAUACCCGGCUUCCUUCAAAGACAGCAAUGGUGAUGGGGUAGGCGACAUCCCAGGCAUUAUCUCGGAGCUAGAUUACAUUGACUCUCUGGGCGUGGAUAUUGUCUGGUUGUCGCCGGUCUUACAAUCUCCUCAAGUCGACAUGGGCUAUGAUAUCUCAGACUACCACGACAUCUAUCCGCCAUAUGGAACAAUGGCGGACCAUGAUGCUCUGAUCAAAGGCCUCCAUGAUCGCGGGCUCAAGUAUGUGAUGGAUCUCGUUGUGAACCAUACCUCAAACCAACAUCCUUGGUUCCAACAAUCUCGGUCCUUGAAGACAAAUAGAUACCGACACUGGUAUAUCUGGCGGCCAGGUCGUUAUGACGCGCAAACCGGGCAACGAGUCCCACCGAACAACUGGGAGUCGUUCUUCGGAGACAGCGCAUGGACCUGGGACGAGAAAACAGAAGAAUACUACCUUCACCUCUGGGCAGCCGAACAGCCCGAUCUAAAUUGGGAAAACCCAGAAGUUGUGGAAGAAGUGCACAACAUCAUACGUUUCUGGCUUGAGCGUGGCGUCGAUGGUUUUCGCAUGGACGUCAUCAAUUAUAUCUCUAAAGCGCCUGGACUACCAGAUGCCCAGGUAAAGAAGUCCGGAUUCUUGCAAAAAGGUGCCGAGCAUUUUGCUGCUGGCCCACGACUGCACGAAUUUCUACAGGGGAUCGGCAAGAUACUUAAGGAUUACAAUGCUUUCAGUGUCGGUGAGAUGCCCGAUGCAGAGAUUGAGGAUAUUCUUAUGGCAGUGGGCCAAAAUAGAGGGGAGUUGAGCAUGGCUUUCCAUUUUGAGAUAGAUGCAUUGGACAUGGGCACCAACGGCAGGUUCGAGCCAGCUGUCUUCUCUCCCACAGCUCUAAAGAAGAUCGUCAAUAAAUGGCAAACUUUCAUGCUUGAGAACAUGGGGUGGAAUGCUCUUUUCAUGGAGAACCACGACUGCAGCCGCACAGUGAGCCGUUAUGCGUCUGACACUCCCUCGCUCAGGACAGCGUCGGCAAGAAUGUUGGCGAACCACCUAGGGUUCCAGUCGGGAACGAUCUUCUUAUACCAAGGCCAGGAAAUUGCAAUGGUAAACAUGCCUCGAGAAUGGCCCGUUGAUGAAUACAAAGACAUUGAAUUGGUCAAUCAUUGGCAGAUGGUUCUCCGGGAUUACCAGGAUGACCCGGAGAGGCAAAAGAUGUAUCGCGAGCGAUACUGGCUGGUAGCACGCGACCACGCACGAACUCCAAUGCAGUGGAGCGCGAAAACACCAUAUGCAGGAUUUAUGCCCGAAGGCACUCACAACGUUGCACCCUGGAUGUCCAUCCACCCAGAUUAUCGAAGCUGGAAUGUGGAACGCGCGGUAGCAGAUCCGCGAUCCAGCUUCCACCACUGGCGUAGGGUUCUCAGUGCGCGAAAGCAGUACCCUGAAAUCUUCGUCUAUGGAGGAUUCGAGAUGCUCAACUUGCAUAUCGAAGAGGAUGUUAUCGCAUACAUUCGUUCUAGCGCAGUUGGCGCAAGAUGCGAAUCCGGUCAAGCUUUGGUCGUGGCUAGCUUCAGCGCUAAGGAGAUUUGGUGGACGAUUCCUCAAAAGGCCAGACCUUUCUUGCUUGACCUUACGUGUGGACCGGGGCCAGCCAGACCAAAUUUGAACGCCCUCGUGACCGAGCUGGGUAAUUAUGAAAGCCCACCCCAGCUAAGGAACGAAAACUGUGGCCGUGUGAUGUUGAGCUUAAGACCUUAUGAGACGGUCGUGGCAUUGAUAUAA